CAUGUAUUUUCGGUAGUUCUUGUGAUGCGUGCACGGAUAACAUUUCAAUAAACUUGAACCUUCGUCUUUGAGCGUACACAAAAAAGAAAACAAGUACUUUUCCUCGAAAUCAAACAAAAACUUCAAAGUACGAAAUCGAAAUGAAAGUAAAACGAUCUCACUCUAGUGGCCGAUCGCGGCGCUCCCGUCGUGAUUCGUCGAGCUCCUCCACCAGCAGUCGAAGCAGCAGUUCCGGCAGUGGCUCGAGCAGAUCUUCCUCCUCCAGCAGCAGUGGUAGCAGUCCGGACCGGAAGCGGUCGAAAAAAUCCUCCAAAGAUGAAUCUUCCAAAAAGGAGCAGCAGCGCAAGCUGAAGAAACUGCAAAAGAAAGAGGCCAAACGGGAACGAAAGCUGGCCAAGGCCCAGCGCAAGGCGCUCAAGAAGCAGCAGAAAGAGGAACGCAAAGCGGAAAAGCGCCGCCGGAAGGAGCUAAAGAGGCAAAAGCGCCCGACGGACGCCACCUGCAGCAGCAGCACGGUCGAUUGUGGCGUGCCGCUGGACUUGAUGAACACCCGGGCGCGCGCUCCGGAAACACGCGAAGAGUACGAGGCGCGGCAGGCGAUUGUGCGGCGCGUUCUGGAUCCGGAAACGGGCCGGUCUCGGCUGGUUAAGGGCGACGGGGAGAUUAUCGAGGAGUGCGUCAGCCGGGAACGGCACAUGGACAUUAACAGGCAGGCUACCGCCGGGGAUGGGGCCGAGUUUCAGCGCAAGAGCGUCGGGUGGAAUGUCGGGUGAGGGCGGUAAUAAAGUUGGUUGAGGUUUAAGGAGGUUUUUGGUCAUGUGCUUCGAAAAGGUCCAUGCGCAGCCGUCUUUUGCAAGUGGAGGGGAAGUUUUGUUAUGAUUCGCUUUUCAUCGGCAAAUGUACAUGGCGUCUUUUUCAUGAUGCUUUUUUUUCGUCACGAGGUUCAUGUAGUCGAUUGUUGACAGGUUGACAGAGCUAUAUAAACAGGCACUGCUUAUGCCAGAGAUUUAGUUUAUAAUAAAUACUUUAUUUAAAAUCAUUAAUAAACAAACUUUAACAACAUUCCCUUCGGUGUGCCCCAAGGAUCAGUGCUGAGCCCGAUUCUCUACAACAUCCUCACCUCCGCGUGCCGAUGAUUGAUGGAGUGUCGUACGCAUUCUUUGCGGACGAUACUGCAUACUUGACGUCGGACAAGGGCCCGAAGAUCGUCGUUACCAACCUUCAAGCGGCACAGAACAACCUCGAGGAGUUUCAGUGGAAGUGGCGCAUCAAGCUGAA